UUGAUGAAAUAUAGUAAGUGAAAUCAUAAAAUGGCUAAUAUGGAUCGUAAGAAUCAAGAUCUUCAGAGUGCAGUAUCUCGAGAUGAUAUUCAAGCGGUUAAAGACCUAUUACAACAAGGUACUGGGGUAAACCAUCCAGAUAAAAAUGGAAACACUCCAUUACACAUGGCUGCACAAUGUGGCAACAAUGAUAUCGUGGAGUUUCUCAUUAAAAAUGGUGGUGAUGUAGAGAAGAAGAAUGAAGAUGGACAAACACCCUUACAUCUUGUCACAUUGCAUGGAAACCUUGAAGCAACGAAAAAAAUACUUAGCCACGGGAGAAAUGUGGACAAAGAGGACAACACAGGCUACAGUGCAUUACUCAACGGCGUAAAGAAUGGUCACAAGGAUGUAGUGCAAUACUUCCUCGGUCAAGGCGCCAGUGUGAAUAAGGGCAAUUCGAAAGGCUGGACACCUUUAUACAUUGCAGCAGGAUGCGGUAAGCUUGACAUGGUGCAAUACCUCAUCAGUCAAGGAGCUGAAGUUAGCAAGGGCAAUCAUGACCGAUGGGUAUUAUGUAGACAGAGCCCCGGUGAAGAAGGCUACACUGUUUUGACUAAGAAUCACGUGGUGAGGGAAAGUGAAGUGGGUCGUUAUGAGAUUCUCAGUGCUGCUUUCAAUGAUCAGCUUAAUCUGAUCAGUAAAGAAGAAGAGGACGAUGAGGUAAUUUGCAUAGAUUGUGAUGGAUGGACUGCAAUGCACAGUGCUGCUUAUAAUGGGCACCUUAAAAUUAUCGAUUACCUGAUGAGUCAAGGAUUGGAAGUGAACGAAGGGAAUGCCAAGGGUUGGAAUGCAUUACACGGUGUUGCUAGUAAUGGUUAUCUUAAUAUCACCAAAUAUCUGAUUAACAAGGAAGCUGAAGUGAAUAAAACAGAUGAUGAAGGUGUAACCGCUUUACAUCUCGCUUCUGUCUCUGGCCAUCUUGAUGUCACUAAACAUCUAAUCAGUCAAGGAGCUCAGUUGAAUAAGGGAGGUAAUGAGGGCGGGACUCCUUUACACGGUGCUGCUCAAGAAGGUCAUCUGGAUACAUGUGAAUAUCUGAUCAGUCAGGGAGCUGAGGUGAAUAAAGGAAGGAAUGAUGGUGGGACUGCAUUACACAGUGCUGCUAAGAAAGGUCAUCUUGAUGUAACCAGAUAUCUGAUCAUUAAAGGAGCUGAGGUGAAUAAAGGACAGAAUAAUGGUUGGACUGCUUUACACAGUGCUGCUCAAAAUGGCCAUCUUGAUACAUGUGAAUAUCUGAUCAGUCAGGGAGCUGAGGUGAAUAAAGGAAUGAAUGAUGGUGGGACUGCAUUACACAGUGCUGCUCAAAAUGGUCAUCUUGAUAUUACCAGAUAUCUGAUCAGUAAGGGAGCUGAGGUCAAUAAGGUAGAUGAUAACGGUUACAGUGCUUUGCGUGAAUCUGCUUUCAGUGGUCAUACAGAGGUCAUCAAAUAUCUUAUUAGCCAAGGAGCUGAGGUGAAUAAGGGAGAUAAUGAGAGCUGGACACCUUUACAUCUUGCUGCUCACGGAGGUCAUCUGGAUACAUGUGAAUAUCUGAUCAGUACAGGAGCUGAGGUGAAUAAAGGAAUGAACGAUGGUUGGACUGCAUUACAUAGUGCUGCUCAGAAUGGCAAUAUGGAUACAUGUGAAUAUCUGAUCAGUCAAGGAGCUUUGGUGAAUAAAGGAAUGAACGAUGGUUGGACUGCAUUACACAGUGCUGCUCAGAAUGGUAAUCUUGAUACAUGUGAAUAUCUGAUCAGUCAGGGAGCUGAGGUGAAUAAAGGAAUGAACGAUGGUGGGACUGCAUUACACAGUGCUGCUCAGAAUGGUAAUCUGGAUACAUGUGAAUAUCUGAUCAGUCAGGGAGCUGAGGUGAAUAAAGGAAUGAACGAUGGUGGGACUGCAUUACACAGUGCUGCUAAAAAUGGUCAUCUUAAUAUCACCAGAUAUCUGAUCAGUAAGGGAGCUGAGGUGAAUAGGGUUAAUAAUAAAGGUCGCAGUGCGUUGCGUAUUUCUGCUUUCAAUGGUCAUAUUGAGGUCGUAAAAUAUCUGAUUAGUCAGGGAGCUGAGGUGAAUAAGGGAGAUAAUGAGGGCACGACUCCUUUAAUUGUUGCUGCUCAAGAAGGCCAUCUGAAAACAUGUGAAUAUCUGAUCAGUCAAGGAGCUGAGGUGAAUAAAGGAAUGAAUGAUGGUUGGACUGCAUUACACAGUGCUGCUCAGAAGGGUCACCUUGAUGUAACCAGAUAUUUGAUAAAUCAAGGAGCCGAGGUGAAUAGGGUUGAUAGUAAUGGUUACAGUGCAUUGCGUGAAUCUGCUUUCAAUGGUCAUGUUGAGGUCAUCAAAUAUUUGAUUAGUCAGGGAGCUGAGGUGAAUAUGGGGGAUAAUAAGGGUGCGACUCCUUUAAUUGUUGCUGCUCAAGAAGGUCAUCUGGAUACAUGUGAAUAUCUGAUCAGUCAAGGAGCUGAGGUGAAUAAAGGAAAGAAUGAUGGUUUGACUCCGUUAUACAUUGCUGCUCAGAAUGGUCAUCUUGAUGUAACCAGACAUUUGAUCAGUAAAGGAGCUGAGGUGAAUAGGGUUGAUGAUAAUGGUCACAGUGCAUUGCGUGUUUCUGCUUUCAAUGGUCAUAUUGAGGUUGCAAAAUAUCUGAUUAGUCAGGGAGCUGAGGUGAAUAAGGGAGAUAAUAUUGGCUGGACUCCUUUACAUGUUGCUGCUCAAGAAGGUCAUCUGGAUACAUGUGAAUAUCUGAUCAGUCAAGGAGCUGACGUGAAUAAAGGAUUGAAUGAUGGUAGGACUGCAUUACACUGUGCUGCUAAGAAUAAUCAUCUUGAAGUCUCAAAAUAUCUGAUCAGUGAAGGAGCUGAAGUCAAUAAAGGAGAUGGUGAUGGUUUGAAUCCUUUGCACUAUGCUGCUCAGGAGAGUCAUCUUGGUACCUGUGAUUAUCUACUCAGUGAAGGAGCUGAGGUGAAAAACGGAGAUGAUGAUGGCUGGACUAUAAGUGGUGCUGCAUCCGACGGCCAUACAUUCAUUAUCAAAUAUCUUAUCAGUCAAGGAGCAGAAGUCAAUGAGGAAGAUUCCAAUGACUUUACUCCUUUACACUAUGCUGCUAAAGGAGAUCAUCUUGGAACUUGCAAUUAUCUGCUCAGUCAAGGAGCCGAGGCAAGAAUCGGAGAUGAUAACGAAUGGACUAUGUCCCGUGCUUCUUCCAAGGGUCAUAUAUUCAUCGCAAGAUUUCUGGUCAGUGUAGGCGCUGAGGUCAAUAAGGGAGAUAGUGAUAGCCACACUCCACUGCAGGUUGCUGCUCAAGAAGGUCAUCUUGACAUGUGCGAUUAUCUGAUCAGUGAAGGAGCUGAGGUUGGCGAGGGGGAUGCCGAUGGUUGGACCCUCUGUAGUGCUGCUCUAAACGGUCACCAAUUCAUCACCAAAUAUUUGAUCAGUCAAGGUGCUAAGGUGAAUGAUAGAUAUAGCAAUGGCCGAACUGCCUUACACUUUGCUGCUCAGAAUAAACAUCUUGAAGUCACCAAGUGCCUCAUAAGUUAUGAGGCAGAUGUCAAUAUGACCGAUGAUAAGGGAUGGAUCCCCUUGCACGUUGCUGUUGAAGGCGGCCAUUUUGAUAUGUGCGAGUAUCUGAUUGAUCAAGGAGCUGAGGUUAAUUAUGCUGAUAACAAGGGCUGCACAGCUUUACAUCUCGCUGUUGAAAAUGGCAAUCUCGAUAUCACCAAGCAUUUGCUUCGUCAAGGAGCUAAGGUUAACAAAGACAAUAACCAGGGUGAUACACCAUUACACAUUGCCGUUAAACAAAGCUUCUUCGAGCUUGUUCAAGUUCUACUCUCAGGAGGAGCAUGUUGUUCCGAUGACACUUCUAGUCAGUCACUUUUACAUCACGCAUUGACUCUUGAGUUCGAGGACAUCAUCGAUCUACUCAUUGAUGAUUUUAAUUUAAAGAACAAUCUACCUAUUCUCCACAUCGCCGUUCUUCGUGGUGAUGCAUCCCUGGUAGAGAAAUUAAUCUCUUAUGGAUGUGAUCUGAACACCCAAUCAACUGACGGUCAGACGUGUCUACAUAAAGCCAUUAAGUUAUGCUACAGGACUGAGAGGACUGUGAAGGAAACUGAAAUAUUGAAAAAGAUAUCCAAUGAAUACUACAAUGGUGCUCUACCUCCUGAGAAAGCACUGGUGUUAUAUCUUCUUGAGCAAGGAGCCAUGAUAGAUGUAAAGGAUGAUGCAGGCAAUCUACCAAUCCACUAUGCUAAGGAUCACGUGAUCAAGCAGAUGAUCUUGUUAAGGUUGUUCGAUAGGUCACCUACAGAGGAUAUUGUAUAUUCAAAGGAAAAAACAAUAGAUGCACCAUCAAGCACUAGUAAUCUUUCCGUUGAAGCCAAGACAGCCAACAACCUAGAAGUUGAUCUAGGAAACCAUGACGUGUCAAUCUUUAUCCCUCCUGGCGCUUUUCUCCAUGAUGACAAGGGCGAGAUCACCCUUACAGUCUUACGAGAGCUACCUGGUAUCGACCUCCAAGAAGAUGAAUCAGUGGCUUGUUACGGGAUCAGAUGUGAUCCUCAAAACAUGAUGUUCAAAAAACCUGUUAAGAUCAGGAUACCACACUCUUCAGUGGUCAUUAAUCCAGAUCAAGUGAAGCCAGACAUCGUUUCUCGUGUAUGGGACUCGGUCAAGGACCUACCAGUAACUUCGCGAAGAAGAACAUCCAACUCAUCGGACGAGCCACCAUACUGCAAAGUGUUCAAGAGACACCUCGAGCUCUACAUCACACACUGCGCUUACUGGUGGGUUCUGAUUCCUCUAGAACAACAGGUGAUUCGACAGAAACUUCUAUGCUCUCCUUACAUCCCAGACAGCAUAGAGAGAGGACAAGAUGUUGACAUUCAUCUUCAUGUUCAUGCCAACCUACCAGGGAUGGAAGAGGAGAUUCAAAGACAGGAGGAAAAACAGUUGUACAGGAAGGCUCAUCCUUCAGUUCCAAUCAACAUUGCGACAAAAUCGAGUGAUGUUAGUGUGGCAUCCUUUCGUGAUGAUGGAAAUGAAAGCAGAAGAGUUCUUCUCUUAAAAGACAUCCAAAGCAAACUGAAACACAUGGUCAUUCUACCAGUGACAUCACGUGAUGAGGAUCAAGAUUUCCCGGUUACUAUCAUGAUAACACAGAGUGGAAAAAUCGAUAUUUCAAUAUCUCUUGCCUUUGUCAUCAGAUGUUCAGGUGAACUUGUGACCGACCAUUCAUUACAACCUUCUUCAUUCGCCCAGUAA